UCUUUUCCUUUUCUUCGAUCUGAAUUUCAUCAACUUUCUUAAAGUUCCAAUUACUGGGUUUUUUUUAAAGCUUCAACAAUUCAAAUAUACAAACUCUAAAGCCUCUAAAAGCUAUCUGCCAUGAAAAUCCCUUCUUCCUUACGAUCAUUUAACCUCUGAAGAACCAUUUGCAGUAUUGCAUCGAACCAAUUCCAGUCGACCCUUUUUGUUCUACAGCAAGGAGAGAGAGAGAGAGAGAGAGAGAGAGAAAACAAUGAAAACAACUCGACCAACUCGUUACAUAAUCAGUUUCUCCUUGUUGUUAUGGGCAACUUUGUUGUUCCGUGUAGACUCAGAUCUAACUUCUGAUAGAGCAGCCAUGGUGGCUCUUCGAGCAGCUGUCCGUGGACGCUUGCUGCUAUGGAAUAUUUCGAGCAGUCCGUGUUCAUGGACCGGUGUCAAUUGCUCUUCAAACAGGGUGGUUGAGUUAAGGCUCCCUGGGAUGGGACUUUCAGGUCAGCUUCCCACUGGUAUAGGCAACUUAACUCAACUUCAAACAUUUUCUCUUCGAUUCAACGCUCUUUCUGGAUCAAUUCCACCCGAUUUUUCCAAGCUUACUUCCCUUCGAAACCUUUACUUACAAGGGAAUCGAUUCUCCGGAGAGAUUCCUGCUGUCUUGUUCUCUUUGCAGAACCUGAUAAGGCUUAAUCUUGCUGCCAAUAAUUUCAGUGGUACGAUCCCUGCGAGUGUUAACAAUUUGACUAGAUUGGGCACUUUGUAUUUGGAGAACAAUCGUUUAUCUGGUUCAAUCCCAGAUUUUAAUCUGCCUUCACUUGUGCAAUUCAAUGUUUCUUUUAAUCAGUUGAAUGGUUCAAUUCCAAGAAGCUUGUCAGGCAAGCCACAAAGUUCUUUUAUAGGGAAUUCUUUGUGUGGGAGGCCUCUGGUAUCAUGUAAUGGUACUGAAAGUAUUGGCCGUAAACUAUCCGGUGGAGCGAUUGCUGGUAUCGUCAUUGGUUGUUUGCUUGGUGUUCUACUGAUUUUGAUUAUGUUAAUAUGUUUAUGUAGAAGAAAGAGUGGAGAUAAAAAGGAGGAAACUCGAGAAAGGAACGUUGCCUCUGCAAAACAGGCAGAGAUUGAAGUUCCUGGAGAUAAGACAACGGGAGAGAGUGAUAGUAAAAGUAGUGGUUUAUCUGGGGUAGUCAAGAAGGAUGCUAAGAGUAGCGGGGCAAAGAAAUUGGUGUUUUUCGGGAAGGCAUCGAGGGUGUUUGAUCUGGAGGAUUUGUUGAGGGCAUCUGCUGAGGUAUUGGGGAAGGGAACAUUCGGAACGACAUACAAGGCCACCUUGGACAUGGGGGUGGUGGUUGCAGUGAAGAGAUUGAAGGACGUGACGGUUUCGGAGAAGGAAUUCAAAGAGAAGAUGGAUGUAGUCGGCGCCAUGGAUCACCAGAAUUUGGUCCCAUUAAGGGCCUGCUACUUUAGUGCAGAUGAGAAACUUCUAGUUUACGAUUACAUGCCUAUGGGAAGCUUGUCUUCUCUUUUACAUGGUAACAGAGGAGCUGGUAGGACUCCCUUGAAUUGGGAUACAAGGUCCGGCAUUGCCCUUGGAGCUGCCAGAGGCAUUGCAUACCUCCAUUCCAAGGGCCCCGAAAUCUCCCAUGGAAACGUCAAAUCUUCAAACAUGCUACUCACAACAUCUUACGAAGCUCGAGUAUCUGAUUUCGGUCUUGCUCAGCUUGCUGGCCCUACAUCGACUCCCAACCGUGUCGAUGGCUAUCGUGCUCCAGAAGUAACAGAUGCUCGCAAAGUUUCCCAAAAGGCCGAUGUCUACAGCUUUGGUAUAUUGCUUCUGGAAUUGCUUACCGGAAAGGCACCUACACAUGCUUUAUUGAAUGAGGAAGGCAUAGACCUCCCAAGAUGGGUCCAAUCCAUAGUUCGAGAGGAGUGGACCGCCGAGGUGUUUGACCCCGAACUUCUCAGAUACCAGAAUGUUGAGGAGGAUAUGGUCCAGCUCUUACAGCUUGCCAUUGAUUGCACUGCCCAAUACCCUGACAAGCGUCCUUCAAUGGCCGAGGUGACAAACCGAAUUGAGGAGCUCUGUCGCUCUAACUCGGAGAAAGAGACUCAUUAAACCUGUGAUGCAUAUGAUGGAUCUUCCCUGCAGGCUUCCUCAGCACGUACAGGU